AAAGUAACAGAAUCGAGCCUGAGCUAAAUCCAAAUGGAUCAAAGUUAAGCCCGAACUAGUCGGCUCAUGUCCAACCCUAGGUCCGGCUUGCCACUUUAGCCUGUCCCGCGACGUGUCGAAGGAUCGCUGCAAUCCACCUGAUUCCCGUCUUUUCACUUGCCUUAUCUCACGCUCUCUCACACUCCUCUUCACUUUCCACUUUGCUUCCAUGGCCGAGCUACAGCAGCCCGACGCCCCCAUCACCGCCGCUGCCAUCCCUUCUGCCACCGCUACAACCACCACCUCCAAUACAACAUCUAUAGCUCCACCACCUCCCCCAUCCGAUAACCCUCCAACCAACAACGUCAAUAGCAAGAACUUAGGCCCCAGCUUGGCUCCGAAACGGCAGCGCCGACCAAGUGUUCGAUUAGGCGAGAUCGGAAACUCACCUUCCGACACUCACUUCCGACGAGGCCCCAAAACCUGGCGUUUCCAUAAGGACCCUACCCUCGCUGCUAAAACCUCAAAGACCCGGCCUUUAACUAACCUCGUUAACGGCGGCGCCGGCGGCGAUAAUUAUGACGACAGCAACAACAUCGUCGAGGACAACAACAAUUACAACUUUGAUUUGGGAAAUCGGAAGUCGAAAUCGAGGAAACCCGCGAAGAGAGUGAGGACAAAUUGGCAUUCAUCUAAGUUUGAUACGCUCAAUGGUGGAGGAAUUCACGAAGAAGCAAACUUUUUCAGGGAAGACAACAAUGAUAACGAAGAGUUUCGGGAAUUCGAGCCGUCACCGGGCUCGGAAAGCCCAGUAAAAGAGCAUAGCCCUGUAAACUCUAUGGAACACAUGGGCCUUCAGUAUUGGGAUCGGAGGGGGAUUAGGACUAGAGUGUCCGAAAGCAGAGACCAUCACGAUGACCUCAAUAAUGAAGGAGUGAAUUCAGGGGAUAAGAACAACAUUGGAGUAAGGGAAUGGUUGAUUGGUUUGGGGCUGGGGAGAUACGCACCCGUUUUCGAGAUACACGAGGUUGAUGAUGAGGUAUUGCCCAUGUUGACUCUGGAGGAUCUCAAGGAUAUGGGGAUUAAUGCUGUUGGUUCCAGAAGAAAAAUGUACAAUGCACUACUGAAGCUGCGGAAAGGCUUUUCAUGAGUUGAGUUUACCGUUUCAUGAUUUUAAUGUUUGAUUAGGUUUUAUUUUUCUGCUUACUUUCCUUUUUGCCCGUUAACAUGAAUAAUUAAAUAUCAAGUGGUGUUAGUUUUGGAGCUAGAUUUUUUUUCCUUCUUCUGCCUUUGCUAUGUUAGUUAUUGUGAAAUGUAAUUGUUGAUAUACGAAUGAGAAUGACAUAUGAGGAGUACUUUUUAUUCAUUAA